AUGCAUCGACCACCUGCAUUACCAAUUCCAUCGAGUGCCAUUAUUCACUGCACCAACUGGGAAGACUGGUUGAAUAACACCAACACAAUGGAGAGACAAAGGAGGUGUGGUUGGGCGCGCAGAGAAGUCGACCAGUGGUUCUCUCGUCAGGCCGUCAAGACGCCCUCAUUCACCAGUAUGGAGACUUUGGAAGUCACUGACCAUGUAUCAACGCAGAUUCAAACCUACAGGUCGAGCUACAUUUCUCCCUUUCCGGUUGAAGCCCUCGACGAGCCGCCAGCCAUUGCUAGCCGAACCCUUCAACCAAAAUCUCAUCCAUCUCUCGAAGCUGAAGCCAUGUCGGACAAAGUCCAAUCGCAAUCAUUUCUACCCCGCCGUUUAUCGACACUCUCAAGUAUUCCGAGUCCUGAUCACACGGCACCCAGGGUGAAGGUCGACUCUCUAAGCAAAGUCGACGUCCACUAG